ACCCAACAAGUUGGUGCGCGCUGUUUGGUCUUGUCAAUACACGUUUACUAUCGCCGCUGUUAGCUAGCUCCAAAAUGUCGAGGGUUUUCUUGGCGUUUAUUGCAGUGGCCUUUCACGCACUGUCUCUGGGCUCUAUAGGUUUGUUCACUGUAUGAACUAGUCAUUUUCCAGGUGCCAUAUCAUCAAUGUCUAUAGACUUAGGGACUGAGUUUAUGAAAGUUGCGGUGGUUUUGCCCGGAAAGCCUAUGGAGAUCGCCCUUACUCCUGAUUCUAGAAGAAAAACUUCAACUGCGGUCGGUUUCAAAAACAAUGAAAGGUUAUUUGGCAGUAACGCAAUCAGUUUAGCUUCAAGAAAUCCUGAAUACGUAUUCCAGUCCAUUCCGUCUCUUCUUGGGAAGUCUAUAGAUCAUCCAAUGGUGAAACUCUUUCAGGAACGUUAUCCUUACCACAAUUUGUCUUAUGAUGCCACAUCUGGACAACUGUUUUUCACUCGAAAAGAUGGUGUGGUGUUUUCGGUUGAUGAACUGGUCGCUAUGCUUCUUGAAUAUGCCCAUAAUUACGCUGAACUCUAUGCUGGUUCUAUUAUCAAGACUUGCGUGUUGACUGUACCUAGUCAUUUUGGUCAGGCUGAAAGGCGCCGCUUAAUACGAGUGUCUGAAAUAGCUGGUUUAAAUGUUCUUCAAAUAAUUAACGACAAUUCUGCAGUGGCUCUGAAUUUCGGUUUGCUCCGUUUUAAAAGUUUCAACGAAACACCUCAAUAUUACAUGUUUUUUGAUAUUGGUUCAAUGAGCACAACUGCAACCUUAGCAGCAUACUCAUAUGGGAAACACAGAGAUGGAGAUGUUGUGGCAGAUUUCCCGAUGUUGAGGAUUGUAAAUGUCAGUCAUGAUCCAACAUUCGGUACACAGGCUUUCAUUUAUCGAAUAAGAGAUCAGUUAUUGGAAAAAUUCUGUGAAAUAAAGAAAUUAGAUAAAGAUCUAGUGAAAAAAAGUCAUCGAGCUAUGUCUAAACUGGCUUUAGAGGCCUCAAAUGUGCUUACCAAACUUAGUGCAAAUUCCGAAAUAUUCGCCCAGGUUGAAAAUUUGUUCAAUGAAGAAGAUCUUAAUGUUAAAAUUACUCGUGCUGAGAUGGAAGCAUUUUGCUCUGAUCUGUUCGAAAGAGUUAAACGACCGUUUUUCGAUAUCAUGGUCGAUUUUUCAAUGGGGUCAUUACAAGAAGUUAUUUUAAUGGGUGGAGGUACACGAAUCCCAAAAAUUCAAUCUGUUCUAAUGGAGUAUAGUCAAAAGUCAGAAUUGCACAGAGGUGUUAAUAGUGAUGAUGCUGCCGCAUUAGGUGCCGUGUAUCAAGCUGCAUUUCAUACUCCUGGGUUUCGUGUUACUCGUUUCAUUGUUAAAGACUAUAAUCUUUAUCCUAUUGCUGUUGAUUUUAUGCGUGCUCCACCGUUACCAAGCGAUAAGUCAGACAAAGAUUCACAUAUCGAUGAUCAACAGGAUGGAUCUUAUGUUCGACAAGUUCUUUUUCCCCGUGGAGCUAUUUUUCCUCAAAAACGCGCAAUCAAAUUCAAUCGACAUAUUACUGACUUAGACUUCUAUGUUAAUUAUGUCGAUCUUGAUGGAGAUGCUGCUCGUUUCCAAGGUCCAAACUACAAUCUUAGUCAUAUCACUACGAGAAAUGUAUCAAAAUCAGCUAAACACUAUUCGUUUGCUGAGCCUCGAGGUGUCAAAGCACAUUUUAUUAUGGAUCACAAUGGAAUUCUUGUUCUUAGUGGUGUAAGUUGUAUAUUUCAUCCUAUUGAAAAAAGAGGGAUAUCUGAUGAUUCAAAUAAGGCGAAAUCUACUUUUGAAAAAAUUGGUAGUACUUUAAGUGGAUUAUUUGGUGGAGGUGACAGUACAAAUGUUGAUAAAAAUGUACCCGAACAGGAUACUGCUGUCAACACAACAGAUGAUGGUGGCGUUAAUUUGACUCAUGUCAAUACAGUGAAUAUUACUAAAAACUCUACCAUUUUAAACAACCAAACUAUUUCUGUUAAUGACGAUAACGUAUCUGGCAAAGAUCAAUUAGCAGUAGAUGUAAAGUCUACAGGACCAUUUUUUGAACCUAUCGACUAUGAAGUUGUUUAUUUAGAUUUUCCUGACUUGACUGCUAAAGAAUCAAUUGUGUCACAAUCUAAAUUGGAGAAGUUACGUGAAGCAGAUAAAGAGAGAGCUGCUUUAGACCAAUCUAUUAAUCUAUUUGAAACUUUAUUACUCAAUACAAAUGAUAUGAUUUCAACUGAUUAUAAGAAAUAUGGUACUGAAGAGGAACUUAAACAGUUAGAUAAUGUAUUACAAAUCGCAUCUAGUUGGUUUGAUGAACAAGGUCAUACUGGUCUAAAGAAUGAUUAUGAUAUCAGAAUAAAAGAAAUCCAAUCGUUAAUUAUUCCCAUUGAGAGAAGAUCUACUGAGAUUAAACAUCGUGCGAAAGCAAUACUAUCGUUUAAUAAAACAAUCGAAUUAGCCCAAAAAACAUUAAAUGAAAUGGUUGAAUUAUCAAAACUUUUUUCGCAAACAUUGAGAACCACUCUAUCUGAACAACAACAAAAUCAGAAUGCAUCAAAUAAUAGCUCUGAACAAACUUCAGAAGAAUCAUCACCAUGGAAAAAUAUCUUCACUGAAGUUGAAAUUGAUACACUAAGAAAUAAACUAGGUGAAUCAAAGACUUGGUUAGCUGAAUCUACCGAAGUUUUAAACAAAUCUCCAACAUACGAAGAUCCUCCGAUUUUGGUUUCUACUAUUCGAAGUAAAGAAAGUGAAUUGUCCCGAGAAAUCAGCUAUCAUACCACUAAAAUGAAUUUAUGGAGAUCAGAAAUUGCUCGUAUGUUUGCUGAGCAAAGCAAAAUGAAUACUGCAGAUCCACUAAAAGAUAAAGGCCAAAUCCCAACUAGUACCAGUGAUGAUGAUAAGACUAUUUCUGGAACUGUUAAAACAGAUGAAGAGCCUACAACAAAAACAACAGAAGAUACUACGCGAACACCAAGACCGGAGUUGUAAUAUCACGUGUAAUUCCAAACAAAUUGAGAUAAAAUCAGCUGAAGAUGAGAUGUUUUAAUGUUGAUUGAAUAUUGCAGUCCCAUUUCAUCUUAGUCUGUUUUCAUUAAACUUUAUCUUUUGCUUACUCUGUAUUCACAUAUUAAUAUUUUUACUGUGAUGUUUUCUUCAUUGUUUGUGUAAAUUUCUUUCAUUCAUUGUUUUCUAAUCCAAAACACUAGGUAGUAGUAUUGUAAGCGUUACUUGCAUUGUUGGUAUAAAUAUAUGUAUUUUUUAU